AUGUCUUCGAAGUGGAAGUUCGCGCCCCCCUUGUCGUGUGAAUGUCUUCGAAGAGAACCACAAUCAUGUUCGACGUCCCUCGGGGCCUUUUCUAUUUUUUCGUUGCGGCAACCACGCUCGAAUUUGGAAGUAGGCAUGAGUCCUCUCCUCCGCCUGCAUCGCUGGGCUUCGCCACCGCUCUGUCUGUCAAAUCGUUUUUCUACAACUCCAAUGCUCGACUUACUACAUCAACCGCGUCGAGCAGCAGUGGCAGUAGUGCGCCGUCCUUUGUACCUCUCUCGUCCUCAUCUUCGCAACACGACAGACUCAAUACCAGAGAGCGACCAACCGACCGCCGUGUUUUACAGGCGUCGGAAGCUGCUGUGCCAGGAGGACGACAGACCGUGCGGGCGCCGGAGCAGGUGCGGAUGUCGUGUGGGGGAAUGGGUAUUUCGCCGAAUGAGGCUGCGGGUCCGAGUAGAAACAAGAGUGGCACGACGACACCGCUAA